CGGGGAUACCCUUUUAAAAAUUGAAAAUUUUGAUUUUUUAUAUUUUUCCAAUUUUCACUUUCCCAGUCUAUAGAACGGGCCUAAAUUAGUCAAAAAGAAACCGUAACAUCAUUUUCAAAAGAACAAUUUGAAGGGAAGAAAAAAUCAAAAAGAAAAUUAAUUUUUUGGUUCUAAAUUUUUUUUGAAUCAUGACAAAGUUAAGAAAAAUUACCAAUAUUUCCACUAAAAUUUGAACAAAUCAAAGUACAUCAUACACUAUUAGAAAGAGCAUUAAAUUCUCUAUAAAUCUGUGCUAAAUUGAGUUUCAUAGCGAUAGAGCCCCAAAGUUGAAUUUUAAUUGAAUCUUAAUCAAAAGCUUCAAACUCAAUGUAUCUUGUAUGGUUUCCAAGAUUCCCAUGCUUACUCACGAAUUUGUAACACUCUGUAUAUGUAAUUAUCUCAUUUUAUCAUUGCAUGUUUUGACUAGAGGCGAUUUUAGUUGAUCAACAAUAAUAGAUUGAAGACCCUACUGUAAAAAUUUCAUCAACAUCGUGGUAAACCUGUUGGACGCCCUGAAAACUUCCUUCUCUCAUCGUUCAUUGGCGGCUAGAAACUUGGGCAAAAAAGAUUCAAUCAGCGACGCCGCAGUAGCAGGAAUAUCAAUGGCCAAAGGCUACGUCAGGUCUUUGGGCACCGACGAAAGUUCUUGCAUGGCCAAAUACAUCUGUCAGGCCAACAAUGAAUGUUCCACCGAUGUUGGCAAGAAUUCCUUGUUCUGUAAUCUUGGAAGUUAUGCUGCCAGUUUUGUUUUGGACAAAUCAACUACACAAACCACCUUCGAUAUGCUUUACGAGGCAGGCAGACGAGGCAGAUCUGGUGACAAUUGCGAAAUGGGUUAUUUAGAAUGUAAUGAAGUUUAUUAAGAUUAUUUUAUUUCGUAAAUGGAAUGCCUGUAUUUAUGAACAAAUGUGAGGAAAUGAAAUGUUUUGGAAAGUAACUGCAGUUAUUUUCAAAGACAUUUUAACCUAACGACUGACUUAUUAAAAGAAAAUUAUAAACCAAUGUUACUAUUUUUAUUUAUUUUAUUUAUUUAAAAAUAUUAUCAAGAAUGCCUGUGUUGACUGUAAAAAAAAUUGUAUGUGUUUACAAGUGAUAAAUUAAACUUGUAGUUUUAAUAAACAGAAUACCAAUUAUUUGUUGUUAAAUACUGUUUUUGUUGUUGCAAUGUUGCAAAACAAUAUUUAUUUUAUAAAAUAAAAAUUAAUUAAUAGAUAAAGCAUUUUUGAUUAAACAAUAGUAUAUUAAAUUUUGUUAAAAAACUUAAAAACUACAAAAAAAAAAAAUAAUACACAAUGGAAUGACAAUAAAGUGCACAUAUAAAUAUUAUAAUAUUAAAACAAAUUUCUAUUUUAUUAUAUAUUUAUAUACAAAUUACCAUGCCCACACUUUGUUUAAACUACAUCAAAACACUUAUAAAAAAUCUAAACAACCACCUUAACUUAAAAAUAAUAUUAAAAAAAUAGUGUAGACACUCGAGAGUUUAUUGAUAAAAAUACCAAAACCUCUAACUAAAAUAAAUUCGAAUUUUUACUGUUGCUGCUGAGGUGUGGCUUGCACAGUUUGCGGAGAAAGUUUACACACAAAAGCCACAAUGCCUAAAAUAGCCGUUCUAAUGAUUUCAGGCGUUCUGGGUUUCUUUGCCAAAUUUUCAAACAUCACUCUGAGUUCACGGAACAUGUUUCUCGUAUAGGGAUUUCUCCUCGAUGCGUAUCUUUGAGACAGGAAGUUAUAGUAGAUGAAUGGUGUCAAAAGUCCUGCUUU